AUGGGCCGCCAAAGUGGAGACCACACCGGUGUAGAGAGCCUCACACCAGGGCAGAGAGCCCCACACCAGGACAAAGAGCCCCACACCAGGGCAGAGAGCCCCACACCAAGGCAGAGGGUCCCACAACAUGGCAGAGAGUCCCACACCAGGGCAGAGAGUCCCUCACCAGGGCAGAGAGACCAACACCAAGGCAGCGGGUCCCACACCAAGGCAGCGGGUCCCAUACCAGGGCAGAGAGUCCCACACCAGGGCAGAGAGACCAACACCAGGGCAGAGAGACCAACACCAAGGCAGCGGGUCCCACACCAAGGCAGCGGGUCCCAUACCAGGGCAGAGAGUCCCACACCAGGGCAGAGAGAACUAACUGGACCCGCUGGGGGGAACUAA